AUGCCUCUCGAGUCGCUGCUCACCAACCCCCAUCCAGCAGUGCCUCGCUCGCGUUCCCUUCUUGCCUGCUUUUCCAAUCCGCUGGGAAAACAUGCCCGGAACAUGUUCGACCUCGCUAUCGAGCCUGACGAUCCAUUUCGAGUCUACUCCCCCGGUCAGACGGUCAAGGGACAUGUCAUUCUUACGGUCUCCAAAGGGUUCGACAUCACCCACUUGGUUAUUGCCCUCCAUGGAUAUGCGAAGGUCUACAAACACCAGGUAGCCCCCGGUGAGGGGCUACCCGCUCCCGAAGGCUUGAUGAACGGGAAGGGGACGAAAGGAUUUCAAUACCAUGGCAACGGUCUGGCCUCCCUUUUUCAGAAUGAGCAGAUUCUCUGUGGCAAUGGCUUUCUCAAGAAACACGUCUACAAGUUUGCCUUUGAAGUGCCUUUUCCCGCCAAAAGCUUACCAAGCACCAUUGACUUUGAGAGAGGAACUAUCACGUAUAUGCUGACGGCUACUCUCACCCGUCCGACCACAAUCAGUCCGACCACGGUUCGCAGUGCCAAAGUUAAAUUUCAAGAUCGGAUUGACAUCGAGUCCAUGUACAGCCCGAAAUCGAGGGUCAUCACAUUGGAACCCAUUUCCCGACGGGGAAAAGUCAAAAUGGUCAAACCAGGCUCCUCCGUGACGACACAGAAUACAUCCAGCGCGGGUCGGUUAACCCGAAAUGAUACCCAAAACAGUACGACCAGUCGCAGCACGCAUUCCUUGGGAAAUCCGCCGCUCAGUCCGGCACCGAGCGAAGAUACCGUCCAAACCAGUGCUACCACAACGAGUACGCAAAGUUUCCAAGUCGUCGACGCGGAUUCACCGACCCGAAAACCCAGUCCUCAAAAUAGCGACGCCCGGAGCAAUACGACAUCCUCCUCCGCCCACACGAUCAUUGCCACCACGGAGCUACCCAGACACGGCGCUCUGCCGGGAGAUACAAUUCCGAUUCGAGUAUCCAUAACGCAUACCAAAUCAGAUGUGCGGGGUAUGGUGAUUGCGACUUUAUACCGUCAGGGCAGGGUGGACAUGCAUCCUCCGAUUCCUUUGGCGAAUCGCGGCAAAGACAAGCAAGCUGAGUAUGAAGAUGUCUAUCCCAAGUCACGCACGGGCCUCGGAGGGCUGUAUUUUGCGACUGCUUCUCCGAACAGUGUGUUUCGAAAAGACUUGGCUCAAUCUUCUACGAUGAUGGUGGUCAAUCCGACAACCAUGACGGCCGACAUCUCGACUUCCAUCAAGAUUCCCGAAACGGCCUUUCCGACCAUCGCCAAUGUGCCGGGGGGGAUGAUCUCUUUCACCUAUCACAUCGAAGUCGUCGUUGAUCUGUUUGGAAAAUUGGGCGAGACUCGAUAUUGGCCUCGACUGACAUCGAGUGAGCCGACAUUUUCGCACAGCAGUGACAACGGCAACCAAAUAACGUCUGAUUGGUCCCACAAUAUCCUCGAUACCACUCCCUUACGUCGGACGAAGAGUGUCAUCACGUUUGAAAUGUCCCUGGUGGUGGGCACUCAAGACAGCGGUAGAAAGAGAAGGAAUCAUAAACAACCGGAAAUCCAAAAUCCUGAGUCGGUGCCGCAGUGGCCGGAAGAGAGUGGGAAUGAUCCAUAUCACCAAAAUGCUGGAUACGAUGGGCAAUAUUAUGAUGAAAUGGGCCAUCCACAUCAAGACGGGUUCGGGAACGGGUAUGGCUACCGAUACGGUUAUGGGUAUGGGUAUGACCCGAAUUCCUACCCCGAUUAUCCUACGCCUGCGCACGAGACCAUUCCUCCUCCUAGUCAACAUGAAGAAGUGGAUGAGAAAGCGCGGUUACGGAGACAAGAACAAUUACUACUGCCCAGCGAGCCUCCACAAGACGGUGAAAGUCCGAGCCGUACUGUUUCAUACGUGCCCACAGCGCCAAUUCUCCCAUCAGGGGUUUUGCCUGACGCUCACGAUGGCAGUGUGACACCAUCCACUCUUCAUCCCGCCGCAUCGGUGGCAUCAGCCACAUCCGCAGAUACCAUACGACCUUAUUCGACGUCUCCUCCACCAGCACCACCAUCUGUUGGUGACGUCGAGGCCACCGAUGAUAAACGAGAAUUGGAGCGGCAGCGACUACUGGCGCAGGCCAGCGCACCUCCGACAGACGACGAAGUACAGGCUUCCGGCAGCGAAAACACUCCACCGUUAGUGCCAAGUGCGCCAGCCAUUAAUGAGCAGGACGAAUAUAAUGUACAAACACUGAAUCAUGAUCAUACAGGGCCGGAUCUGCCGCAGUAUGAGCGUUGA